CCUUCAGGAGCUCAGCGUCCUUGUUGGCACACCGCCCAGUGUCCACCCUCUUGAGGGGCUCAUCGUCCUCGUUGGUACACCGCCCAGUGUUUGGCUUUGAUACCAUAUGUAACGGUCCAAGCUCACCGCUAGCGCAGAUAUUGUUCUUCUUGGGAUUUCCUUUCGAGAUUUUCCUCAAGAUUUUAAAAACUAGUGGGAGAGGCUUCCAUACCCUUAUUAAUAAUGUUUCGUUCUCCUCCCUACCGAUGUGGGAUCUUACAAUCCACUCUCAAACAUCUUCGCUGACACUCGUUCUUCUAUCCGAUCGAUGUAGGAUCCCACAUCAUUCCACUUUAAGAUAGAGAUUAAUAAACUGUGGCUCUAUGUCAGGUGGCUUUACAUUUCCUCACUUUAAAAUAGGCCUACAAAGAUAUCGACUUUGUUAACAAACUAAAAAACUAAACCAUCAUAAUUUUGUCCAAUUUUGAAUUCUUCCAAGCUGUUACUAUCAAAGCAUCAAAAUCUGAGCCUGACUUGCCUGACUUGUGCAAGUCUCAACAAGACGACAACCAAUAAAGCAUCAAAGCGCUCACACAUCUUCCUCAUCUUUGAACAAUCAUGGACUUGGACAUGAACAAACUACAAGACAUUUUCAUUUCUGUAAUGGAGAAGAACGUGUAUGGAUUGUGUUUCACUAGUUCAAUCGUUAUCCUAACCUGCUUUAUGUGUGCAUUCAUGUUCGCUCACUUCCUAUCUGUUCUAAUAGUAUUAGUAAGCAAUAGAAGGAAAUGACUUCAGAAACAAUCAUGACAAGUGUUGUGUGCCAAAUGCAUAGUGGAAUCAUAGAGACAAUAGUACCAUGCAGUGGAUAUGUUCAAGGUAGAUAUAAAUGUAAAGUGCAAGGAAAGAAGCUAGAACUUAACUGGUCUCUCCCAUGUUGGUCUAUUGCAUCAAGGAUCAAUCAUCGGAUUUCGGCGUACGAGGCAACUACAACAGAACCUGAGGCAUCAAGAAGCAGUCCUGACUACGAUGAAAGGCUGAUAAAGAACUAUGUGCCAGUUUAUGUGAUGCUUCCAUUGGGAGUUAUUACAACUGAUAAUGAACUGGAAGACAGAGACGAGAUAACGAAACAACUCGAACAACUACGAGAAGCAGGCGUGGAUGGCGUAAUGAUUGAUGUUUGGUGGGGGAUUGUAGAGUCCAAAGGGGCAAAUCAGUAUGAUUGGACUGCAUAUAGAAGCUUGUUUAAGAUAAUUCAAGGAUGUGGUCUGAAACUUCAAACUAUAAUGUCUUUCCACCAAUGUGGAGGGAAUGUGGGAGAUUCUGUCAAUAUUCCACUCCCCAGUUGGAUUCUCAAAGUUGGAGAUUCAAAUCCUCAUAUCUUUUACACAAACCGCUCAGGAACCAGGAACCAGGAGUACCUCACUCUCGGAGUCGAUAACCAGCCUCUCUUUCAUGGGCGAACUGCUGUGGAGAUAUACAGGGAUUACAUGAAGAGCUUUAGAGAAAACAUGUUGGAUUAUUUAGAAGAUGGCCUUAUAAUAGACAUUGAAGUGGGACUUGGCCCGGCUGGGGAGUUGAGGUAUCCUUCAUAUGUAGAAAAUCAGGGAUGGGUAUUUCCUGGUAUUGGAGAAUUCCAGUGCUAUGACAAAUAUCUCAAAAUGGAAUUCAAAGAGGCUGCAGCAACUGCAGGACACCCUGAAUGGGAACUUCCAGAGAAUGCAGGAACUUACAAUGACAUCCCUGAAUCUACAGAGUUCUUCAGAUCAAAUGGCACUUACCAAUCUGAUAAGGGAAAGUUCUUCUUGACAUGGUAUUCCAACAAGUUAUUGAGCCAUGGUGAUCAGAUCCUUGAAGAAGCAAACCGGGUUUUCGUUGGUUGUAAAGUUAAAUUAGCAGCCAAAGUAGCUGGGAUCCACUGGUGGUAUCAUACAGAAAACCACGCAGCAGAGCUAACAUCAGGAUAUUACAACUUGAAAACUAGAGAUGGAUAUCGACCUAUAGCAAGAAUGCUAUCAAGGCACCAUGCAAUUUUGAAUUUUACAUGUCUAGAGAUGAGGAAUUAUGAGCAUAUAUCAAGAGCUAGAAGUGGACCUGAGGAACUAGUUCAGCAGGUUCUAAGUGGAGGUUGGAGAGAAGGCAUUGUAGUAGCAGGAGAGAAUGCACUACCAAGGUAUGACCACGCAGCUUACAAUCAAAUUCUUUUGAAUGCUAGACCAAAUGGAAUCAACAAAGAGGGUCAACCGAAGCAUAAGAUGUUUGGAGUGACAUACCUUCGACUUUGUGACAAACUCCUGCAGCAAAGAAAUUUCAAUAUAUUCAAGAGCUUUGUAAUGAAAAUGCAUGCUGAUCAGGGUUACUGCCCCAACCCAAAGGACUAUAACUGCGAUGUUGUCCCACUAAAACAGUCGAGAGAAAAAAUUUCGAUGGAAGCACUUUUAGAAGCAAAGGAUCCAUUGGAGCCAUUCCCAUGGGAUAAGGAAACUGAUACUCCAAUCGGUGGUCCUUUUGUGGAUGUCUUUAAUAGAAUACUAUACAUAUUUAAGUGAAAUAAGAACCAAACAGAAGUGACCAUGGGGAUGCACCAAACUUUACUGUAGAGAUCAUGUAUUUGUUCCUCCUGCUAUUGUAUAAAAUUUAUAUGAAACCAUUUUUAAGUAAUAAUCACCAGAAUCUACAUCAACAUCCUAUUAAAUUGAACUAGUAUUCUAGGGAGAAAGAAUUAAAUUAUUCUAGAU